AUACCUUACUCUAGCCAUCCCACCCCUUCCCCAUCACCUACCUACACCUGUCCGCUCCACGCCACUCACUCACCAAAGAGAGUGGCCAGCCUCGCCUUGGCUCUCCUCCUGUCGGCAUGCAAGGCGUGUGCGACCCCCUUUCCCGUUUCAGCCCUGCCGUGGACGGCCCCCUCCCGCCCACCGGCCACCUCCCUUAUCUGCUGCAGCGUCUCCUUCCGCCGCUCCUCAUGCUCACGCUGACGACCCAGAGACGACGCCAAAGACACAUAACGGUGCACCAACUCACGAGGCCCCGGACGGUACGGCAACGACGUGGGCCAUGUGCUGCUGCUGCUGUCGUCAGCUGGUGUGGCUGUGUUGUCGACUAUCUGCCACCGCUUGUCGAGGCUGGCUAUGGUGUCCUCGGUGAUGCGUGCGCCAUGCAGAAGGGGCGGAACCGACAGGGGAGAGUGGGGUGCCGCCGGGGCUUCUGCCUCGUCGCUCCGUCGCACGAAGGAGUGCAUGAAAGGCGUGAUGCAUGGGGGGCCGAAGUCGCACUCGGGAGCAGAGAGUGACAAGUGGUCCGUGACUGCUGUCCUGGCCCCUUCCGUGACGGGCAGCGCGGGGCAUCCCUCAAACAUGGAAGCCACCAUCUCUGCCGACAGGUCCUCCGAAGAGAUCAGCUUGACGCCGCCCUCGCCCCGCUCCGCCAUCCCCUUCCGCAGGCGCCUCACAAACGCCAUCUGAGGGAUCAGGGGCCACGCAUCGUCGCCGCCCUCCUCUCUUCCCUCUGUAGCCGAUGACGGCUGCACGGCCAGCGGGUCAGACGAGAGGAGGGAGCGGCAUGCGCAGUAGGGCGAUGGGAGCCAGGAGGGGUUUGGGGCGGCUGCGAGGGGGGUGGGGUGCUGCUGGUCCUCCUCCUGCGGGAUGGCGGUGGUCGUGUGCAGCUCGCAGUCCAGCAGGCCGCAUGAGGCAAGGUGAUGCGUGUACUCGCCUGACGCGGACACAGAUAACUUGAGACAAUAGGUGGCACAUUUGCUGACACUUCGUUGAUCGCUCACCGGCAGAGCACAGCUGGUUGAGCACUUCAAUAACGUCUGAUGGCUCUAUGCCGGCCGAGCGAGCUGAAUUAAGGAUUUCUAGCCUACAGAAGCAGCACGACAGAGAAGGCACAGGAGUCCAUACACAGCCCCACGCCACUCAUGCCUCAGUGAGAGCGACAGGCCUUACAGGAGGACCGGCUUGCCAGGUUCCAUGAGCCGCUUCAGCCAUUCAGGCACAUCGGCAGCAUCACCGGCGCGAGCCGGUAUGUCGCUCUCCGAUUGCGGCUCCUCCUUCUUCACCUCUCCAUCCUCCUCAGCCUUGGUCGACAUCGGCUGUGGUUGGGCCACGAGCUCUAGCGGCGUGUCGUGUGGUUUGGACUCCAACAGAUACCGCAACAGGUAGUUGUCCUGCAUGGCCAUGCAAUACAGAAAGAGCGACAAUGGCGUGGCAAGCGUCUCUCUCCUGUCUGUCUCGUGACCACUGACCGCUCUGGCAACUCGCUUCUUCCAAUCAUCAGUGCCGGUGUCAUCCAUUCCACCUAGUUGGUCAUCCUCAGCCCCACCAGAACACUCUCGCCCCUCAGUGUCGCUCUCGUCACCUUCAUGGUCGCCCUCCUGGCCGUCCAUGGCACCGCUCCCCGUCUCCAUUGCUCUGAGCAGCCGCUGCACCCGCUGCGGCAACAGACGCCGAAGCGGCACGUCAGCCAUGGGGAUGUCCGCCAGCAACGCGCUGAUGGACAAAGGCGGAGAGGGAUGGAGCCCUUGGUCGUAGUCGGCGUCGUAUACAGGCUUGUCCAAGCCUGACAUCUUGGAGGGCUGCGUGGCUUGUGUGUUGGAGGAGGCCGAGUGUGGAUGUGGGGCAGCGUCAGGUGGAGACUCGAAGAUCGGCGUCCACAUGUGCUGACCUGAUCAACACAGAGAGGGCGAGAGCAUCACACGAACGCUCUUGACGGACCGACCAACAUGCCCCUUGUCUUCCUUGACUCACCGUCUGUCGUGACGCCCAGCACAGACACAACAGGCUCCCUGCCACGUGAUGAUGGAGAUCCGUCGCCCCUCUCGUCACUCAUCGUGGGCAGCACACACGCCCCCACGAGCCCACGAAACAGAGCUGUGGACCUGCCUGAGUCGCUCCGUCGGCGAGAGCCCCCCACAUCCAUCGGCACGUGCACCUGUGGGUACACCUUCAUGUGGUAGGGAGGGCGUCCCUGGGCCAUGUGGAAGGGCGGGGGGAAGGGAAUCCGUGACAGCCCCUCACCGGACGGCGGGACAUCGCACUCAAGCGGCGUGCAGACCACGUAUGGGUAGGCGGGGGCGAAAGCGGUGACGAGACUCCGGCCGGUGGGCAAUUCGGUCCACUCGAGUCGACGGAAGAACGAACCAGUGACGCGGAGAGCAGGGAGGGGCAGCUGCUUCAGGGGCACUGGCAGCUUCCUCAGGUCCACAAUCACCAACGAGUUGGUCUCAGCCGAUGCAGCCGCCACAAGGUAGGGCUUGCCGGGGUGCCUCUCGACGGCCGUGAAGAGGUCCCUCCAGUGGGCGGAGACGCCCUGCCUGGGUCUGUCGACUCCCACUUCCAGCAGGGUCUCCCUCCCCACCCGCCUCAUCCCCACGGCCAUCCGCCCCUCUCGCGCAUCAAGGGUCCACAGCGCCCCACCGCCCACAAUAAGGUGCGACGGGUGCAUGCCGUACGUCACCGACAGGAAGAUCUCGUCCUCCAGACUCAUAUGGCCGCUGGCGACCUUGCGGCUGCGCAUCGAUUGGGGGACAGCUGAGGGCACCGGGGCGCCGAGCCGCGUCAGCUGGAAGAUUUCUUGCCCGUCGCCACGUUGAAGGGUGCCCACCUGGCCCUUCUUGUCCACGGGUUGCGGCUCGCUCGACUGGAAGUGGAGCCCGUCCCACAUGCAGGUGCCCUGGUUUACCGCAGCGUCCCACAGCAGCACUUUCCGCGACUCCGUGACGAUAGCAGCGUAGGCGAAAUCGAAAGGCGAGACCGCCAUGCCGAUGACCGGGGCAUCCCUGUCAUAGAUAGACUGGAAGGCCACCGACAGAUUGCCGCACCCAUCGCCGUUUGCUGAAAACGACUCAUCGCCAUCCGCAUCUGACACAGAUAGAGAUGCAACCCAACCACCAAGGAUCGAUUAAUUGAUCACGUGCGCAUGAGGCUGCGGCAUUGCAUUCACGGCCGUGCUUUGCUUACGCGGCAGGAAGUGGGCGACCGCGAAGUGCCGCUUGGACCUUGCGUAGAUGAGCGUCUGGUCGGCGUGCUUGUCGUCCACCCGCAGCUCCAACAAGGCAUCAGUGGCGCCCUUGAUGCGCACCUCACUCAUACCACUGACAGUCAGCCGCCGCCUCUUGGCCCCUCGCUCCUCUCUGCCCCCGUCUUCACCGUCUUGUGCCACCGGCAGCUCCACACUCGCCCAACUCUCACCACCCCCACCGCCACCGAGCCCUAUCUCCAUCUCGUAAUCAUCCCCCUCGCCGUCCGCAUCCGCCUCCCUUGCGCACCCAGAUUCGUGGUAGCCGAUCCGCCCAACACAUAUCCUCUCCAUGUUCUCCCCAGUGGGCUGACAGAUGUAGGCUUUGUCGUGCAGGCGAAACGAGGCAGCAGCACCGACGGUCCCCCGAUGGAACUGUGGCUGGUAGGCCGCCUUGAGCUUGUUGGCGUCGCCUCCAGACGGGUCGCCGGCGGUGAGGAGGUGGACGCAUGAGCGAGCGAUGGCAUCUCCCUGGGCGUCGGAGGAAUGUGGGUGGUCGUGGUGGAUGGGAGGGAUGUGGAUGGCACACCGAGGGACCGAGUAGGGUGAAGGCGACGCGAAGGAAGAUGACUCGGCGAUGCGACUCAUGCGCGAUGAGUCAUCGGCGCCCGAAGGAGAGCAUGUUAGUGGGGAGAGGAAGUGAUGCGAUUCAACUCACGAAUUCGGGGAAGCUCGCAAAUCACUGUUUACGAAUGGCAUGCAAUGGGGCUGUGUCAUGGCUACAGUCAAGUCAAGCUAAUCUGAAUCUCUUCCUCGCCCGGCUCACGUCCUUGACCAUCCGUCGGAUUCGCCGCCAAAUCCCUCGCGCUCUCCUUUGUUGGUCUCUUGCGGCCUUGUCCACCUGAUGUUUGAGGAGGGAAGAACGGGGCGGGCAGGGAGGUAAAGAGGACAUCAGGCAGGCCAGGAGGUGGUGUGUGGAUGUGUUUGCAGUGUCGCUGACCUCGCCUUUCUUCGACGGCUCGUUUGCUACCGAUGUAAACAGAUAUCUGCUGGGAGGGACCCUCGGAGGCGCACGUGCAUCUGCAGUGGGUGCAGACACAAGAGAUCCGACACACCAGACACGUCGCUCGCUGCCCCUUUGUGUCCAGCUGCAUGUCUAUGUGCUCGCUCACGCUUGAAUGUAUUGACGUAGUUCUGUAGGUAGAUGGCCGUUGUGAAGAACGACUUGCACGUGUCGAUGGGCGCCCGCGGCUUGUCGAGGUCAUACCGCAACGAGAACUGCACAUACGUCUCCAUCGACGCACAGUCGGCGGGGGUCCCUGAGACACCCUCCCCUUGCCGCAGCUCCCCGGCCUCUGCAGCCGUCAAGCCUCGCGAGAGGCAGUAGUGAAUGAGGCCAUCUACGAUAGCAUGGCUGGUCUGCCAUGUCGCUAAAUUGACGGAUCGCAGCAUGAGGCGGCAGUGGGUGAAGAGCUCGCCAGGCACCUCCACGCGAGGCAUCUCCUUCGUUCAAGCAGAAAAAAAGGACACACACGCGAAUGCAAUGCAGCCAGCCUCGGCCCCCUUUUGCUUCUUUGCUCACCGGUCCGAGGUCAUAGUAGUAUUUCGUUUCUUGUUCUUCUUGUGUUGGGUCGUGGACAUGCUUCCUUCCGCCCAGUGCGGCCACGGCGGGAUGAGCGGUUCCCGUGGUGUGAGGGACGAGGUGCAGGUUGACGACGGCGGCCUUCAUGGCCUCGAUGGACGAAUACACUUGCUGCAGUGCACGCAGAAGGGAUAGUUGAUGGAAGGCGCCAAUGGCUGGCAUGGCUUGUUUGCAGUCCACCCAUCAGGCAGGGAGGCAGACUGACCGAGCAGACACUGUUGAGGUCUCCCACGUCUGUGCGGUUGAAGUGGGAGAUGAGGGCCAUGGCUGUGAGGUCGUCGAACACCUGGCAAAGCGCCUCCCCCACGCCAUUCGUCUUGGCACACCUGCAGGGGCAGCGCACAUCAGUCGUGUGGUCUGAGGCAGGCAGGCAGGCAGGUCACCCACCACUUCCACACGCCAUUUCUGGCGUCCUGGAUGGUCCGCUCGUCGUCAGUGCCCGGCAACCCGCCGCCCACCUGCACGGAGAGAGCGUUGGCAGUUCGGCCUCGGCGUGUGUGUGCCGUACCACUUGAAAUAGCUGGCCGCAAUCGAGAAGAAACGUAGACUCCUCCAUAUUCACAGGCUGGAACUGCACACACACACACAUGACGCCGUCCAUCCAUCCAUCCAUCCACUGGUGUUCUCCCUCCCGCCCAUCUCUCUCCUCCUUUGUGCUGGGCUGACUGACCAUUGAGGCGACACACGAUAUCCCUCUGCAGGGCUCCUUUUGUGAGUUCGGGACCGACAUAUCUGAAAGCCCCGCCCCAACCUGCAGAGCCUCACCCGCACCGACACCAGCGGGGUGGCUGCGGGCGAUGUCACGAUACACGCAUCCGAACCCCCUGAAAGGAAACACACGCGAGUCCAUGGGUUGUCUGCCCUGCCACCCACUACCACCCACCUGGAGCAGUGCGUUCCUCCGAAGGAAGGUAUGGCAUGAUUCGCGGUGGCAGGGAGGCCCUUCCUGAGGAUGGAUCUCCUCACCGACUCAUAGAUCUGCUGCUGGCCGACGCCGAGGCGUGCAGGUUCUUCGCCUUGUGGUGUUCUCUCACCCUGGGCUUCCGUCGCUGGUGCCUUUGCAAAGAGGGAACGCACCACAGCCGAUCCAUGGAUUUGCGGCGCCUCGAGCAAGAGAGCAGUAAUCAGAAGCGAAAUGCAUCCAAGCCAAUCCAUGCCUCCUGCAUCGGGUGGUGGUGGUUAAGGGUAAGAUUUUUC